GAGAGAGAGAGAGAAUAUUAAAACCAGACAACCUAAGAUGCCUUGGAGUAGUUCAGUCCCUUAGUUUUUCUCUUCAGUCUGUGAUUUAAACCAUUCAUCAGAGGUCGGUUUGUGAAGAAGAUGGUAUCUUUUUGUUCAGCAUGAACACUGAUAUCCCCCUGGCAUCAUUCUCCCUCUUGAGUUCCUGCUGAAUCUCAGUUUGAAGCACGAGGUCGACAGGAGAAGACAUGAGGGUGCAAACUUUCUCGAGGGGGCAGAUUCUACAGGAGCUUCGUUUCCGCUGCCAGGCUCUGGCUGCCAACGACAACAGAGGCUUUAAAAAGGACUUUGAGGAGCUGAAUGAUGUUGGCAGAGACCUUUCCACCAGAGCGGGGGAAUCAGAGGUCAACAGAGAGAAGAACAGAUACCCCUACAUUCUACCAUAUGACCACUGUCGUGUGAGGCUGUCCAUUCAGAACUCCGUUCCACACACGGACUACAUCAAUGCAAAUUUUGUGCCUGGUGGAGGAUCAGAGAGAGACUUCAUCUGCACCCAGGGUCCUUUGCACAACACCAUGGCCGACUUCUGGAGGAUGGUGUGGGAGCAAAACGUCAGGAUAAUCGUCAUGGUGACAGCUCUGAGACACAAGGACAUAGUGCUGUGUGAUAAGUACUGGCCUCUGGAGCAAGGCACAGUUUAUCACGGGCUGAUCCAGGUGACAACACUGAACUGCAAACAAGGGCCAGAUUAUUUUAUCACCACCAUUAACCUCAGACAGAGAGACUGUCCGACAGACAGGAUAAUCACACACUACUACUACCAUUCCUGGCCGGACCGGGGCAUCCCUAAAGACUCAUCCUCUCUCUGUGCCUUCACUGACCAUGUGCGGCAGCACUUGGAAGGCAUUCCUCGCCUGGGGCCGUCUGUGGUGCACUGCAGUGCAGGUGUUGGGCGCUCAGGGACGUUUGUGACACUGUUGUGGUUGAUGCAGUUGUGCGCUCGGGGCAUCCAGCCUGACAUCCACGCAGCUGUGGAAGAUCUGCGGCUACAUCGGAUGUGGAUGGUCCAGAAUCUGGAGCAGUACAUGUUUGUGCAUCAGUGUCUGCUGCAGUGGCUCAGUGGAGGAGCAGGGAGAACCACAGCAGGCCCACAGAUUCAGGGAGCCGGUUCGAAAAUCAGCCACCCUGUUCAGGAUCAGCCUCACAGCUCAGGACGGGGAGAGCGAACAGGGAGGAGACGACAACACCGCCACAGACAGACACCUCCGUCAGAGCCGCAGCAGAACACAAUACAGCAGAUGUUACACCCUGGGAACCUGCUGAGGAGACUGCUGCCCUCCUCAUCCCUGUUAAACCCAGGCUCACACGCCUCCUGAACUCACAUACUGUUAAGCUUAAGGUACAAAGACACAAAAAGAACAAAAUGACUUCAUGCAGUACCUGAGGCACGAAGACAGAGAAAUAAUGCUGAUUGCUCGAUGAGGACAGGCCCUGCAGGCAGAAAACUGGUCUGACGACAUGCAGAUAAAUGCUGGUGAAGAAACCACAUGCACAGCUGUUUGAACGCGUAGCACAAGGGAAAAUCAAAUUAUCACCUGCCAUUCAGGUCCAACUUGUUACUAUGCUGUGAAUUUUGUGGGAACAAUAUGAGAAUGUUAUCUGUGAACACUAUGGUGCACCAGAGCACAGGGGUCAAUUUAAACAAAAACUUGUUUGUUAAAUUCAAAAUGUCUUGUGUGCAUGUAAUUUUGUACUUUCACCUCCAUUGCUGAUAAAG